ACAACAUCUUUCCACGUAGUGUUUCGUUCUGCCGCUAUGAAAUCACGACACUCAAAUUUCGAAACGUAAACAAGUGUUGGUUUAACAGUUAAUACCAUAGGAUUUUUUUUUCGCAAUUGCGAUGUUGGGGAAUGAUGAUAGCGAUGAAGAUUUUGAUUUUGAUUUAGAUGAAGUGGUUAAAAUCGCGACUCAACAGAAUGUCAAAGAAGUAGAAGUCGUUUCAAAUCACACGUCCAAAGCAAUUCACAGCACUCUCCAGUCCAAAAAUUGUGUAGAAGAGGAUUGGGAAAAUGAUGAUGAUAUUCCAAAUUUACCUAAAACAGUUGAUCCUUUUCCGAAAACCAGUUCCUUGAUUUCACAACGGCAGCAGCAACGCCCAAGUUCAGUUUUGAAGGAUAAACCAAUUCAUCAACACAGGAAUACAGACUUCUUGAAUAAUACCAUCAACUCUCAAGGAAGUACAAGUAAUUCCCUGAAGUCACAACAAACCACACAUGAUUUAAAAUUACAUGACAGACCAGAAAUUGAAAAAGGUCCAGCAAAAUUUCCAGGCCCAGCUGGGCUCUUCCAACUUGCCACCGAAAAUAAAUCAAGAGGAAAGGGCACAAAACCAAAUCAUCGAAACUUGGCAAAUAGGGAUGGUCUUUGUUGUUGGGACAAUGCUUUGUCUUUAUUGAAGGUCAAGAAUUCUUGGGAAAGCAGUAAGAUGAACUUGCAAAUGAUUAAAAAAACGAUUGACCCUGCAAUAAUAUACUUAACCGCGCCCUUAUUGGUUGUCGGAAUAUCCAAGAUCGAAUUCACGCCAAUUAUAUCGCAUGAAGUCAGUUGCGUCCUUCAAGAUCCAACGGGCGAAGUGAAAGGAGGCAUACUUCAAGAUGUUAUCACGGAUUAUGGGAAGCUGAUUCAAGUGGGUAGCGUUCUUGUGCUGCGUCGACCCAGUGUUCUUCACAUGACCCCAAACUGCUUCGUCACCAUUACCAAAAAGUGUUUAAUUGGGAUUUUUUCUUCACAAACAAACGAGAUUACCCAGUUACGAAAAUUUGCCAAGGAAGAUCUCAUUACAUGGUUGUCUGAACCGGUUAUUUAUGGUGAUCCGGUAAUGACCAGCGCGGAAGCGUCGGAAGUGGAACCAAUCGAGCCUCCAAUGACGUUAUUUACUUCGGCGGGUUCGGCAUUAGCAGCGACGACCAUGACCCGUUUCGGAACCCCUUCCAUUGUCCACAGGGGUAACGAACGGCUUACAACUCCCUCAAAUUACAACCGCAUGAGACCGCCAAUAAAUCUGCCACCACCGCCGGCGUUUAAUACGACACCUCGACCGCCAAUCAGCACGACACCACGUCCAUCCAUCAGUCCAUCCCUAAAUCCAAUUGCACAGCCCAUUCGUCCGCCAAGUGGCAGCCAAUUCAGCUUCAAAUCUCCAUCUGCAGUUGUUUCGACACCUCGUCCGGCACCUUACCAUCAACCAAAUCGAUCGUCGCCCGUCCUCAACGCCGCUCCUUCCAUCACCACAGGUCCUGGUAACAAAUCUGAAAAUGCGGAUGAGAAUUUCCUCUCACAAUUUCUCCAGGGAGUGGACACAGACUCUUUGUUUGAUGAUUUUUAAAGACAAUGUCUGGAAUGCAACAUAAGUUAAAUGUCAACAAAAUUCUGAAGUGAAGAUUUAACACGAAUUUCUCUCAUCAACUUUUUAGAAAUUGCCAUCUAACUAAACAAAAUAACUCAACAAAUUUCUUCAGGAAGAAAUUAAUACGACGUUAACCAAUUCAGAUAAAAGUUUACAGAAAAACAUUCAUUUUUCCACAACAUGUUUUCCAAAUCAUUUGUUUUCUUAUAUUGGUUUGCAUUUGAAUUAAAUCGACAUUCGUAAAAACUUCAUCAAUAUUCUGUGCGAUGAGACGAAUAAAAGGGCGGUGGUAUUAAUAGAAAGAAAAGAAUCUGUCAAACAAAAAACAAGGCCGAAAAUCGUAAAAGAAUCAUCUAAUUACGAAAAUUUUUCAUUCUUAAGAGUUUCCCCUUGAAAAAGAGAAGACGGCGACGAAGAGAUGAUAGAAAAUGCACUUUUCUCAAGUAGGGAAGAAGUGAUGACAACGAAGAAGUGAAAGAUAAGUUUGGUGAAACACAACAAAUCUCUACAGUCGGAUGGAUGCAACUAACUAAGGCAUACUCCCAUUCUU